CUCCAUUGUCCCUGCACUCUCACCACGCACUCCACAGCAUUCAAAUGUCAUCUGAAAACCAGUGCCGUUUCACUGCACGACUGCGAAACGUGCGACACCUCGCUGCCGUUAUAAAAUCCAUCCACUUCAAAGACAUAGCGACAUGCAGGAUCUCGCCUGAUGGCCUGACCUUCAUAUUGGAAGAGUCGCGCUGUCUCUUUGGGCGAUGCCUCAUACAGAAACAAAUCUUUGAAGACUUUAAUUUCAUGCCCCCGAUGACAGACGGUGCACCCUUAAAUUCAGAGUCGCAGCAGGAACCGCGCUUCGUCUCCCAGUCUGGAUCCCAGCAUGGUUCGAAUCAAUAUUACAGCCAAAGGAUGCCUCCCGGAUACAGCCCUGACGGAACAGCCAAUUUUGGGAUCAAUCUGGCAACCCUACUGAGUUGUCUCAACAUGUUCGGAACAGCCGGGUCGUCGAGCAUAUAUACCGGAGAUGGCACUGGGGGAGCAAUAGGAGGGAGUCUCAAUUCCGGUCCAGUAACAGCCAUCAAAUUAAGCUACAAUGGAACUGGGACCACAUUCAAUCUCACACUGGAAGACGACGGGGUCGUGACAACUUGUGGGAUCCCAACCUUUGAUCCAGAGCCGCCGGUCGACUUUGAGUUCAACGAGGAAAACCACUCAAAAAUUAUCAUGAAGGCCCAAUGGUUAGAAGAAGGGUUGAGGGACCUGGAUGCCACAAGUGAUCGCGUCGUAAUCCGGCUUUCACCAGAUAUCCCACAUCUGCGAAUCUCAAGUCUGGGGACAAUCGAGAACCUGGAUGUCAACUACUCGCAGGGCGAUGUCAUUGAGACAUUUGUCUAUCAGUACAAUCGGCCAAUCGAGAUUAGCUAUAAUUUCUCGCACGUUCUGAAUGUCCUUCGUGUGUGCCCCAUGGCCACUAAGGCCAACAUGGCAAUCGACUCCAAGGACUUUAUGAGAAUCCAGUUUCUCUUGCCAGUUGUAGAGCACAAAUACCUUUUCGCAGAAUACUCUUUUUCGCCUCUUGAGGCAUUGGAUUGACCUCAAUAAAGAACAUUCAUCACGUGUAGCCAACUGUUACAAGGUAUAAAACCACAGCUGAAAGGAGGGCAACUUUUGGCUAAUGAACAUUCACUUUGGAAAUAGAUGAUUCGAAUCUCCUGGUGA